GCAGUCCCCUUUUUCUCAUUCAAUUCCCUCCAAAAUCAUGGGGCAUUAAAAUGGGAACCGCGUCAACAAACAAAACCACCCAAAAUAGUCGGCCGUGACAACGUCGUCUCAAUCCUAUUCUUAGUUAACUUCUUUAUAUCUUCUCAAUCCUCUUUAUAUUCACAGCAACCUAAGUUGUCAUACAUUCCGAUCCCUGGGAAUUUUCAGUCUGUCAUUAUUGUUCCAUUUCAGGAUUACGUUGCUGACGGUUUCUUCGUAGAUUCAGAAUUGAAUAGAGAGUGAUUAUAGUUUGGGUUUAGUUGGUUAAUUAAGUAGUGUGUGCAUGGCGCAACUACCGCCCAAGGGCCCCUCCAUGACGCAGAAUUGGCCGUCGUCUUUUCCGUUCCAAGCAAUGCCGCUGUCGACGUCCUCCGCAGCAGCAGCGCAGCAGAACCCCUGGGUCGAUGAGUUCCUCGACUUCUCCUCCGCCAGGAGAAACUUCCACCGCCGCUCCGUCAGUGACCCCAUCGCGUUCGUGGAGGCUCCCUUCAUGGACGAGUGCCGCGGCGGCGCGUUGAUGACGUGCAGCAACAACGGUAACGGUAACGCCAACAACGGGUUUGACAGGCUGGAUGACGAGCAGCUGACGUCCAUGUUCCCCGACGAUUCCUCCGCCGCCGCUGCGGCGGCCACCGCUCCGUCGUCUAAUCCUUCGACGACGUCAUCGGAUCAAAUAAGCGAAAACGAGGAAAAACCCCAAACCCGCCGCCACGAAAUUCAGCCCAAGAAUGAACCGGGAGAGGUGGUUGACAGCUCAUACAAAACCCAACCGGCUCAACCCGCCACUAGACCGUCGCCCGCCAAUGAUUCCGGAGAUACUUCCAAUGCCAUAGUAGAUCCAAAGAGGAUUAAGAGGAUUUUAGCUAAUCGACAAUCAGCUCAGAGAUCAAGAGUCAGAAAGCUGCAAUACAUUUCAGAGCUGGAAAGGAGUGUAACCACAUUGCAAACUGAGGUAUCGGCAUUGUCACCAAGGGUUGCGUUUCUGGACCAUCAAAGGCUGAUUCUAAAUGUGGAUAACAGUGCUCUUAAACAGCGGAUUGCAGCCUUAGCUCAAGACAAAAUUUUCAAAGAUGCUCACCAGGAGGCGUUGAAGAAGGAGAUAGAAAGGCUGAGGCAGAUCUACCAUGAACAGAAUCUGAAGAACACGACUGCCGGUAACAAUGGCGACGGCGAAGAAGCAGCGGCGCCGGCGGCGCAACAAGAUGGCUUGCAGCAGCAGCAGUGAUGAAGAAGAUGCGGUGCACUGUGCUAAACUGCGCCAUCACGUGGCAUGUUCCCAUCCCAUCCCAUCCAAGCUUUUUUUAUAAAUCUAAAAUAUUUCAUGGUGGGCCAUGUCCCUGUCAUCAGUAGCUUUGGUGUAGAUUUUUUAUUUUUAUUUUUUUGAUUGCUCAGUGUUUUAAGAACCCACAUGAUAUGAGUGGGGAUAACCAACAUUUCAUUUUCAUUAUUAUUUUUUUUUCCCCACUUUUAUUUUAUUUUUUUCUUUGACGUUAGAUUUAAUAUUGAAUUCGUUAAUUGGUUCCUUGGGGUAUGUAAUGUAACCUUAGCCUGUAUGAAUUGGGAUGAAAAGGGUUAUGAUGUUUGUGUACUUUAAUUUUGUGGAGCAUGGACCGUUAUUAUUGAUGCAUAGGGUCAAAAGUUUUGUAUUGCCUUUAAUUGCAACAUGUAUGAUUCAUUAUUAA